CCCGGAAGUACUUCUUUAUUGUCGCUGUGGAGAAGCUUUUAGGAAGUCCUUGAAAAUAUAACACACACAGCCAGUUUAUUUAUCAAAACACGGGGCUACAACCAUGGCAAGAAGAUUAAUAUACCCGCUGUACCAGAUCGGGAACCCCCAACUGAGGAUCUUCCGGCCGCCAUUCUCCCUGACUCUGGUCCGACCAGGGAAGGAGCAGCCUCAGGACACAGUGCAGUUCAGAAUCCCCAUGGAAAUGACCAAAUGUGACGUGAGGAACUACCUGGAGAAGAUUUACAACGUUCCAGUGGGAGCUGUCCGCACAAGGAUACAAUACUGUACGAAUAAGAAGAGAAACCACCUCAACCAGAAAGUGAAGAGACCGGAUUAUAAAGUGGCCUACGUUCAGCUGGUGCAGCAGCAGACAUUUGAGUUCCCUGACAUCUUCACCGAGAAGGAUGUGAAGUCAGCCGAGGGCUCGGUGGAGGAGAUGCAGGAGAAGUUCAUGGAGGAUGAGAAACAGAGGCAGAAACCGGACCUUCGCAGGGGAGGGGUCACAGAGUGGUUCGGCCUCUAGAGAGAGAGUUUGUGUGUUAGGAGAUAUGCACUGCUGGUGUGUGGGUUUGUUUGUGAGAGAGUGUUAAUAUUGUGUGUCAUCAUGUACAGAUUUUUAUCUGCAACAAGUGCGUUUGGUGGAAACACCACAGAUGGGAAAAUUUGCAUAUUUCUUUAUGCAGAUUUUAGAAUAUUCGUAUGAAAAUCUGUCGCCAAUUGGAUGGAAACCUAGCUACUGUCAUUGUAAGAAUGGAACAUGUGACCAAUAGCUGUUCAGACAUAAUAUUAAUUGGUGAAAUACAACGGAAAAUAAUUCAAAUACAGUUUUUCAACAUUUGAGACGUUCUCUCUUGUCAGGUAACACCACUUAUACCAGUGUUGACCGACCCUCGUCCUGGAGAACUAAUGGGUAUCCAGGAUUUUGCUCUGAACCUGCUCUAACACACCCGAUUCAACAAGCCACUCUUUUGAUGAGAGUAGCUGAAUCCUGCUGAUUAACUGUCAAAUCAGAUGUGUUAGAGCAGAGCUAGAACAAAACCCUGCACCCCCAGUAGUUUUCAAACAGGAGAGUCGUCCACCUCUCCCUGACGGAGAAGGCUACUGUGUGGGAAUGUGUUUUCAGUUCACCGCAAUAUGUCUGUGUGAGUGUUUUACUGUGAACUACUGUACAAGGAAAAGCUAAUAAAAAGUAACUUGUCAA